GUCUGCUUUAGGCCAUGGUGUUGUACUCGUGCCGUCCGGUGACAACAUAGACAACAUGAAUCGUGUUCGGUAAUACGUGUGACAACAUUGAUUCUCGUCCAGUAUCACGUUGAUCGCGUCAAGUGGUGUCCAUAAUUUAACAUUUGUUAGAAGUAUAUCAACACUCGGAGCUUAGAUUCACAUUUCUGUUGAGAGUGUAUUCACAUUGUUGAGAGUAUAGUGGAGUUUCCUGAGAGUAUAGGCCUCUUAAAAUUUGUUUUGAAGUGUAUUAAAUUUAUUUGAAAUUCUAGUACAUAUUUUUAAUUUUGAUUUGUAAACUUGAUUUGAUUUGAUGUUCUAAUUUGUUAAAAUGAUUGCAAUGGAAGUGUUUAUACAUUGAUUUUUUAGAAAAAUGUUUACAUUGAUGAUUAUAUAGUUUUUUGUGUGGAAGAGACGUUGGAAGAGUGAUGUUGAUGAGAUACACUCUCAGCGUAAAAAUCGAUGUUCCAGUUUAACAAUUGGAUUUCAAAUUUUGACUUGAUUUGGAAAGUGUCUCUUCAGUAUUGUGAAAACACUGAUUAUUCAAUAAUUUAACUAAACAGGCGUACUGGCAUUGUAGUAUGAAGUUGUCUGUCUAUUGGAAGUUGUUUGUCAAUAGUUGUCCUUUAUUGGAGGUUUUGUGUGGGCUACAUUUCAAAAGAGUUCUGAUAUCACAUUGCCAAUAGUUACGAAGGGUGGAGUGUUUGUUUUAUUAGGGAGAAUUUCUUCAGCUCAUCUGAAUGAAUUUCGUAUUGAGAAUGAAAUCUUUCUCAAUGGUGCGUUUGCGGUAGCAGACAUCAUACUUCCCUAUGGAGUGCAUGGCAGGGGGCACAGGCGGCAAGCCAGGUGACGGCAGUGUGGUGCGCGACAUCGCCGCUCACGUGCGAUCGUGGUCGCAUGCGGCCGGAGUCGCACAUGGCACCGCGCGACGCUACUCGCUGUCCGAACUGGAAUGCGCCGUGCGACUGGACAGUCGCCUCUGUGCACGACCCGCCACUCAACCCAAGUCGCUGUCUGCCUACUUCAUCGUAGAGGAGAGCGAGAAGCCUCCAGAUGCAUCUUCCCGGACAUGGUUGCCAGACAAUGCUGCAGUGGCAGUGAAAGAUCGUGAAGAAAGUGAAGCGGUGAAAAGCGUGUGCUCAACUUCGGCAUUUUCACCACUGUUGCCAUCAGCGCUUUGCUGUUUCUGCACCAGAGUGCGCGGAGAGCAUUCUCCGCCCGCUUACGCACAGAACUGCUCAGCCGGCCGCUACGAGCAGAGCUGCUCAGCUACGAAAAGUUCAACGCUCUGCGCAGACGCUGAAUUCGGCGCGGAAACUUGUAACAGCUUGCCUCGUGUCAGUUCAUGUCCGUCAGCCGGCCGUGAAACACUUGAAAACAUAACCUCAAAUUUCUCCCGUACUCAGUUAUGCCGCGGUGAUUUACCUCGAAAUCUCACUAACCCCUUAUGUGACACUGGCGUAAACCCUAUCGACACGUGUAGUGUAAACAUAACAACAGAUCAGUGUCAGUGUGCAACUGGGUUUUGUACAAAAAACAACAUCACAGUUCAAAAUAUAACAGAAGUUGAACCUUUACAGAAAAAACAACGUUUUCGUAAUUGUGAUUGGGAUAGAAUUGUUGCUGGAGUCUCAAGUGAACCAUGUGUUGCUCCUCGUUUCCCACAUAUCCCCACACAAUCCAUUGAUAACCUUUUACCUCUCAAUGUUGUUUCUGGAAUUAGUGAUAAUAAAUAUACUCCUAUCAAUGAAUCAACAUUGAACAACUCAGCAGGUGAGACAUCGAUCAGUGACAAAAACUAUGUAUUACCAGUUAGUUUGAGAGAAAGCAUAGUGAAUGUAGAAGAUUUACAAAAAAAUUAUGAAGAUUAUGUUAUUGGAUUAUCUAAUAAUUCCACAAGUGUUUCAAGUGAAAGUGCGCAUCAUGUAGUUAAAGACAGUGAAGUAUUAUCAUCUAAAUCUUUAGAUCAAGAUAGGAUUGUAGAUUCAAGUGAGAAUGAAGUUAAUUUCAAAAAUUUAGAAAAGGGUAGUGAUAAUUUAACUGGUGUUGGAGAGCUUGUGUUAACAUCUGUUAUUAGUAGUGGUCAGUUCGAUUAUGCUGCAAGUCCAAAUGAUGAAGCCGAUUCUGUUGGGGGACACACAUCCGUAAGUUUGAAAGAUGCUGGAAGUAUCACUGGUUCGAGAUUGAAUGAAUGUGAGUUGAAAAAAGAGGAACUAAUUGACGUUUUUGGGGAAGAGGUAGUCAGUUCAAACAGCAGCCAUGAAGCGAAAAGUAAAGUUGAAGCUAGUUUGAGGAAGAAGAGCGAUGGAGUUUUGGAGGAGGGGAGGAAUGUGCUUGAAAAAUGUUUGUUGAAAGAGAUAGUGCCAGCAAGAACCCGUCGCUUGGGGGUGUUUGCCUCACCAGCCCUAGGGCGCUCCUUCCCAAGUGCAGAUCAACUGGCAGAAACUUAUUCCCGCAUGGCAAUUGCUGUCAGACAGGCAAUGGAUGCAAAUGUGGCAACUAAUGGGACGCUUCACAAGAUAAAGCUGCAUGCCAGUGAAGGUGACUUGAAGAGUUUGCCACUGUCCAGUGGAGAACCCAAAGUUGCCAUCGAUAAGAAACGGUAUUCAGUGGACGGAAAGCAACAGCAGAAACAACGAAUGGUACCUGUUGCUUCACAGUCCAGAACCUAUCUGGCUCUGCCUUCUCCACGUAGGAGUAAAAGAAGGUCAGCCUGUCAUAGUCCUGGAGGUGCUUCAGAUGAGGGUUGUUCCCUGCCAGAACAACACAGUCCUGAAUCUGAGGAACAAUUAUGGAAACAAGCGACAAAUAUUGUUCCCCACAGAAGCAAUAGUUCUGAUUCAGCACUGGGAGCUCUCUAUAAUAGUGAUGAUGAGGAUGCUAGGAAACGAUGUUGCAAAACUGAGAGUGUGGUUGAAGAUGUGGUAGUGUCAGAGGUUGACGGUUCGUUUUCGUGUCCCCGCUACUCCAAAACCGGACUGAACCGAAGUGUCUCCAUGCCAUCUCCGGGUAGUGUAGCUUGUCCUGUCAGGUACACCGACAACAGUUUGUCGUCAACCCGGUCGGAAACGUCGCUGAGUCGCGAUGACGUGGUGUCGGCACCACAUUGGGGCUCGACGGGGUUCACAGCUUGCUCCUCGGAUACGUUGUGGAGUGACGUGACAACGCCCAGUCGUAGGGCUAGUGAUGUGGAUGUGUCCGAUGUUGACGACUUCCCGACGGAGCGGAGGGAGUCGUCGUACAGUGUGUUCACGGACGAGGACGACUGUCCGCCGGGAAACUACCGGUGCUGGCGCACUCCGUCGGUGGUGGUCAGUGAUCACUCGGAUGACCCGUUGUUCGCGUCCUCGUCGGUCACUCUCGAGGAGAUCGAGCGGUUCCGCUUGGAGUACGGGCGUCGGCAGUCGGCCGCCGGCGACUCGUCGUCCGAUUGUAGUUCGUGGGCGUCGGGAGUCAGUGCUUUGGAUGCUGAUUACGCGCUGCGGACGCCCGAAAGGAAAGCUUCUGACUGCAGUACGUGUUCUACACUGAGCGGUGAUGAGGACCCCAAUUGUCAGCCUCUACUACAGGAUGUGCGGCCCAAAAUCAAGCCAUCCGGGUGGAGGAAAUUACGGAAUAUCGUGCAAUGGACGCCCUUCUUUCAGACCUACAAGAAGCAGAGAUAUCCAUGGGUUCAGUUAGCUGGGCAUCAAGGAAACUUCAAAGCUGGACCCGAGCCGGGCACGAUUUUGAAAAAGCUGUGUCCCAAGGAGCAGCUCUGUUUCCAAGUGCUGAUGAAGGAUGUGCUCAGGCCAUAUGUCCCAGAGUACAAAGGUCAUCUCACAUGUGAGGACAGUGAUGGAGAGACAGCCAUGUACCUGCAGCUGCAAGACCUUCUUGGGGAGUUCACCAAUCCAUGUGUGAUGGACUGCAAGGUGGGAGUACGCACUUAUCUAGAAGAGGAACUCGCUAAAGCCAAAGAAAAGCCCAAACUCAGGAAGGAUAUGUAUGAGAAGAUGAUCCAGAUAGAUCCUAACGCUCCCACAGAUGAGGAACACAGACUGAAAGGUGUUACAAAACCAAGGUAUAUGGUGUGGAGAGAAACGAUCUCAUCGACAGCAACGUUAGGCUUCAGGAUAGAGGGCAUCAAGAAGAGUGAUGGCAAAUCUAGUAAAGACUUCAAGACGACAAAAACGAGAGAGCAGAUCUUGGAGUGCUUUGCUGACUUCACCGCUGGGUUCCCACAUGCCAUUCCCAAAUACAUUCAGAGGUUAAAAGCCAUCAAAGCCACAUUAGAAGUUUCGAAUUUCUUCACAACACACGAGGUGAUAGGCAGUUCGCUGCUGUUUGUGCACGACCAAACCAACGCCAACGUGUGGCUGAUCGACUUCGCCAAGACGCUGGUGUUGCCCAGAGAGAUGCAGAUCACGCAUGCGCUGUCCUGGGUGGUUGGCAACCAUGAGGAUGGAUACAUGAUAGGGGUCAACAACCUCAUUGACAUCUUCUCGCACCUCGUGGAGCAACAACAGAGCGCCGAAAACAGUCAACCGACAACAACGCAAACAACAACCACGUUUGUUGUCACUGCGCCCAGUGAUAGUGUCACGUGACUCGGAUAGAAAGAACUCUAUAAAUUCUAGUUGUCUAUUUGAAACUUUCAAGGAAAUUUGGAAAUAUUUCAAGGUUUUAGGGUCAUAUGCGCUGUAAAACUAUCGAAACUAUUUCAAGGUUUCUAAUCCAACUUUUAGGGCCGUAGGCGCUAUUAUAACUAUCAUGGAAACUUGAAACUUUUUGAAGGUUUCUAUUCCAACUUUUAGGGCCGCGUAUGCGAUAUACAAGUUUGAUUUGAUGUACUGGUGGUUGAAAUAAACCCCAUCAAGCUUGAUUCCCAGUUAUCAGUAUUAUAGUGAACAUGUAGGUACAGUGAGAAUAUUUUUCUAAAUAAAAGUUAUGAUGGAAAUAUUCACACUCGCUCGGCGAGAAAUCAGGGAGCCUAGAACCAUAGAUAAAAUAUAUUUAAGAAGAUAUCCCAUGCUAUAGAGUGUUUUUGUUCCAAAUUUCACUGUUAACUCAAGCCAAUACCGUAGUCCUAGUAGUUAUUUUUCGUGAAGCUAUGAGAUGCUGAUAGUCUGUCAUAAUGUGCCGUUCUUACACUCUCACCUGGCCAAAACAGUAAUAAUAGACAGUAGUCGACAGUAAUCGGCUUGAAAUUUGGAACAUAAACUACCUAUACCAUGGGAUAUCUUCUUAUGCUAUCUUUUCUCUAUGUUAGAACCCAUGGGAAUUAUAUUUCCACUGUACUGGGAACAUAGGCUGAUACUGAUUGAUGUGGAGAUCCUCCUUUAAAAUCAAUUCAACCAAAGCUUGAUUAAUAAAUCAUGGAUUAAUUUGAACUUGAGGUAAGACUGCGACUGCUAUUGAGAACACGGGCCUUAUUUGACUAAUCUGAAACUAUCGUUUUGAGAGACUCGAUUGAAGUUUUCCUUUAUGGGAAAUUCUGUAGGCUGGUAAUUUUUGGAAAAUCCAGUUGUUGAAAUUGAAAUUAUCGUUUUUGAGAGGUUCAAAAUCCAGUUCUCGUCAGGGAAUUAUGUUGGCAGGUAAUUUUGCAAAUUAUCUUUUGAACAUUAAAUAACAGUCAAUGUAAAUACCUAGUGUCGUCGAGUUUCAAUUACGGUUCCAUUGAGAAGAGACUAUUAUGCAGAGGUCUGUGGUAAAGAAUUUUUUCUCCUAUUGUGAGAUAAUCCCAAACUCUUUUGGGUUUGAAGAAAUAAUAAGUACCGUACUGUGAUGUAGUUGUGUCACUGUGUCUUGUAAAAGGUAUAGAAUUGGAGAUAGAAUUUUAAUUUCUUGAGUUUCAUAUAGUCAAAGCUGAAUCCUGCUUGUUGCAUUAGGGCUUCUUAUAAAACAACACUUCUUCCCUCAAUAGCUGAUCCAAUGUGGUUCAAUUAUCGUCCAUGAUAACAUUGAUUGAGCUAUUAGAUUAAUCUCUCAUGACAAUGGAUUCGUUAUUUUCUCUGCUAUGAAACAGCUAUGAAACCUCUCGAAUGAAAACGUGUAAAAGAAGUACAUUAUGGUAUGACUUUUAUUGAAACGAUAAAAGCGUUUCUCAUAUGACAAUUAUUCAGUAUUUUUUAUGGAGUUGAGAAACUUCAAGUUUUUGAGAAGAUGUGUGAAAAGAGAACAUGAAGUAGCAAUAUAGUCAAUUAAUUUAAGAAAAUGUUAAUACAUAUUUCGAAGUGACGGGUUAAUCAUUUCAUGGUUUGUGAGACUGUGAUGGUUCAUCAUCAAUAUCUUCAUAAGAUUGCUAGAAUUGGAGUAAAUUAAUUAAAAAUGAAAGGAGGUAUGAAUUUUGAGAAAAUACUCGUAAGUUUUAUUGCAUUAGGGGUUUUUAUUGAAUUGGUAAAGCAGUUUGAGAAAAAGUGUGUCAAAUAUGUAUAUAAUAUUGAAAAUUUGAGUACAGUAAUAUGUUAAUUAUUAGUUAUAUAUAUGAGGAAUUUGAAGAUGUUUUUGAUAAUAUAGUAGUCAAGGAAUGAGUGCAAACUAGUGUAUUAAUGCUUUAUCAUAAUCUCCAUUAUAGUCAUUUGUAAGAGAUGAAUUUGAGACUUGUAGAAAUAGGAAUCAGCUAAGGAAAAUAUCACUUCAGAAACAUUAACUUAUAAAAUUUCUGGGAAAUUCAAUCAACAUGAAAGAUAAUUUAAUUUUGAGUAACUGAAGGUUAGGAAUGUAACUAAAGUCCAAUUGUUUAUAUUACAAGUAAACAAAUUAAAAACAUGCAAUCCAAUUCAGCUCCCUGUAAAUCUUCUGAUCAGAGACAUAACAAUAUUGAUAUUUUAUAUUCCUUUGAUGAAAUAAAUUCAAUCAAUACUGCAUCCUCUUCAUAAGUUUGUGAUGUACCGUAGCCUGUAAAACUAAUAAUGAUCUUGCUUUAGAAAUUUCAUUUAAUUUUUAUUAUUUUUAUAAUCCAUUAGGUAUCAAUUCAAUAUAAAUCAAAAUUCAAUUUGACUUUGAAAAAUAUUUCGGAUAUGUCAAUAAUAAUACUAAUUUUGUAUUACCGGUAUUUUUCUUGCUAGAAUUUGUAUUAGCUUCAAUGUUAGACUGUAUAUAGCCGAUAUCCUAGUUACUGCCCAUCUCUUAUCAUUAUGUUUUAAUAAUGUAAAUAGUAAGUUUUCAUUUGUAAAUAUUGUUUUUCAUCAUCGUUAGAACAUAACACGUUGUGUGCUUGUUGUAAAGUCGAUUAUUACUGACCAGUUAUUUAAUGCAAAUUAAUAUUAAUCUAACACUUCUCCCUUUAUAGAAUUUUCGAUUUAGUUGUGGAAUAAAUGUUUAUUAAUUACACGGCUUGUAAUGAGGCUGUGAAUUUGUUUAACUCUAGUUAAUUUGGUGUUUGUCAAAAUUAUCGUAGUAGACUUUGCUUCGAAUUUGUAUCCAAUAAUAUAUUUAAACUUGCUGCACUUUGCAAAACUUUUGAAAAUUGGAGAUGUAUUAUUUUUAAAUUUCGUUUGAUAAAGUAACCAUGUACGGUACAGUAUAGUCAAUUUCUAAAGGUGUCACCACUAAAAACUUAAGUUCAGAUUGUCUGUUUGUUAUGAUGUUCCACAUAAACUUUUUAGAAACUAAAUCUCUAUCGCGUUGAAUAUCAUCAAAGAGUGAAAUUAUUGCCUCUCAUUCCUCAAGUGUUGAAUUAUUUACAGUCAGCAUAGGAAUACAACAGAUCAUUAUUCUAUAGUACAAUAAAACGCAUUGAAAAAUGUCAGAAUCCCAGUUCCUGUCAAUAUGGUGUUUCUGUAAUAUUAGUAAAUUCAUUACAUAAAAUUUCAUUUGACAAUUUACAGUAUUAAAAAUUUAUCUCCUAUUAAAAUAUUGGGUUAUUCGGAAAAAUUGAAUUAAUUUAUCUAACGCAAACCUAAACGGUUUUAUUGUGACUGAUAUAUGAAUAUAGAUUACUGUAUUGAUGAUCCAAGGAUGAUUUUUUAACUUUACAUAUUUUUGAAAAAUGAAUUAAUAAAUCUUCCCUUAAAUUCUAAUGCUGCAAUAAACAAAAUAAAUUAUUGAUGAUUUUAUAUUUAAUGCAAAAGAAUUAGCUUCAAAUUUCAGAAUGUGUGGUUGUUAAUGUUGAGUUAUCUUUGGAACCAUUAAAAAUGUUAAUAUUUGAAAAUAAUUAUUCUCAACAAUAAGUUAUUUAUAGGAGUUGUAGUAACUAACUAAAUUAUAUAAUGCACAAACAUUCUAUCGAAGAUUUCUAUGAUUACAUGAAUGAAUAAUGGAUUCUCAUGCAUAAUUUUUUAUAUAUGUUUAGUUCAAAACUGUUCAAAGUAUUCAAGUGUUUUAGCGCAGGAGUAGUAAGAAACCAGCAAAAAUUGUUUUUAUACAGUACCUAAUUUAAUAUCUGCAAAUAAAGCAAAAGUCUAUUAGAAAUUUGUAUAAUUAUGAAUAAAAAUUGAAGAUUAUGCGAAGUUUAAAAUGA